AUAUGUUAAUAUUUAUCUUGUACUAGUACUUGGUGAGCACGUAUAAAUAUAAUCUCAGUAUUUAAGUCCUAACAAACAGAUUCAGGAGACGAAACACACAAAGAAGGGAUUCAACAAUGGCACAUAUAAUCAGCCGAGUCUUUAAACCAUCUGUCUGCAAGAACUUACUCCGACACACAAAUGUUCGUAUGUUCUCAUCUACAACUCCUCACACGAGCGGGUUAGAUUCGAAUGAUGAGACUAAAGUGACUCGGCCCUUCUCGUCUAAACCAGCCUAUCCGUUUCUGUUGAUUGACUACAUCCUUAAAGGCCCAGACUCUUGUUCAGAUGGUCGCGUAACAACAUACAAUGGAAAAGAAGUCUUUAUUAACGACAAGAAACUCAUGGAGGAGGUUUGUGAUGCGAUGACUGUCGGAUUUUCACGUGAUGGAUUACGAUUCUAUCUUUCGUACAGAAGCUGCGACCAUGCACCCGUGAUCAAUUAUGAGACCUCCAACCCCAAAGUAGAAGACAUGACCGUUCAUCUACCUUCUUUACCGGCCGGUUCCAAAAUCCAAAACAUGGCCAUGUCCUCUUUACCUGUCCGAGAUAAAGAUUGGGUCGUGGGUGUCAAGUUAUCGGGAUAUGGGUUGAGUCUCUGCAGGCCUUUUGGAAACUCUAAAUGGAUCAACAUAAACACCAUGUCUCAGUGUAUAAACCCUUUAUCGAGCCUCAUGUUCUCCAAGACAGAUCAAAGAUUCUACAUUCCAAGUCUCGGAGGCAACUUCUUGUGCUACUUGGAUCUCAACUCUAAGGAGGAUGACGAGCCCAAGUACAUCGACUUGGAAUUCGACAAUCUUCCAAAGUCGGUGAUUCAUGAGUUGGCGGACGUGAGUUCAUGUUCCAGGACAGACCACCUUGUGGAGUCACCCACCGGCCAACUUUUCCUUGUCAAGUGGUACGGUGAAGACUUGGAUGACAUAAUGUCACUGAUGCGCGUAACCAAAAGGUUCAUGGUGUAUAGAGAAAAUGAGGAAUCUGAUGACUUAGAGAAGACAAUGAUUUACACAGAAGACAUUGGAGAUCUUUGCAUUUUUGUUGGACAUAGUGAGGCUUUCUGUGUCCCGGCUAGUUCGUCUCCUGGACUCAAGCCUAACUCCAUCUAUUUUGUUGGCGAUAACUUUGGUGUUUACGAUCUCACCACCAAAACUUGCACUACCUUCUACUACACAGUAGAUGAAGUUCCAUUAAGAAAGUUGGACUUCCCUUACUGGCCUCCUCCAAUUCCUCUCUACUAGCUCCUAAUUAAUUAAAAUGGCUUUUGCAUGUGUAUUUACUUUCCCAUGCUAUUAUUGAAAUCCUAUGUGUCUUUUUCAAUAAUUGUUGUUCUUCGAUUCUAUCAAAUAAUUCGUAUAUGUUAACCUUUAAAUUUCAUACACUCCUUUAGUGUGUGAGGUAUAUGGAGUGAAACCGAGAAACCUCACUGAUGUGAGGAUUUGAACAAUAAAGUGAAUUGAAUGACUCAUGAAAACUUAGGGUUUCAUCUAAAGGUAUAAAACCAGGACAAAUAUCAUACUCAAACUCGAAUAUUUUGGUACGGAAGGAGACAGAGAUACAGGCCUAUAAUGAAGGUGCUUCUUUGUGGAAUUGAGGAGCAUAGGAUGGGAUAUAUUAAAAAAAUUGAGCCUCGCUACCAAACUUAAUUUCUCUAUAAAACUGAGCUAUUCAAAGUUUAUCUAUAACCGUUGUUAAGAACAAAAAAUCUUGUAAAGCAUUUCAAAGUAAAAAUCUCACUAGAAUAUGAAUUUGUAAAUUUGCUUGUGUCCCCAUUUCAAUUUCCUUGUUUGGUUUGC